AUGGGAAAAAUAAAAUGUGGGCCAGUCGUCGAAAUCAAAGGUGAUGAAAUGACAAGAAUUAUCUGGGAGCUUAUAAAAAAUAAGUUAUUGUUUCCAUUCUUGGACAUGGAGAUUCAUUCAUUUGAUCUUGGGAUUGAAAAUCGAGAUGCAACUGAUGACCAAGUGACCAUUGACUGUGCUCAUGCAAUACAAAAAUACAGUGUUGGGAUAAAGUGUGCCACUAUUACUCCAGAUGAAAAUCGAGUAGAAGAGUUCAAGUUAAAGAAAAUGUGGAAGUCACCAAAUGGAACAAUUAGGAAUAUUCUAGGUGGAACAGUUUUUCGGGAAGCUAUUAUCUGUAAAAACAUUCCUCGUUUAGUCCCAGGGUGGAAAAAACCCAUUAUUAUUGGUCGUCAUGCAUAUGGAGAUCAAUACAAGGCCACAGACUUUGUUGUCCCUGGAGUGGGAAAAUUAGAAAUAAAAUUCACACCAUCUGAUGUAGGUGAACCCAUUUGUCACACAGUAUUUGAUUUUCAAGAUGGUGGAGGAGUAGCUCUUGCCAUGUACAACACAGAUAAGUCAAUAAGAGAAUUUGCCCACAGUUCAUUCAAGUUUGCACUAGAAAAAGGAUAUCCACUUUAUCUGAGUACAAAAAAUACAAUCUUAAAGAAGUAUGAUGGUCGUUUUCGUGACAUUUUCCAAGAAAUAUAUGAGAGAGACUACAGAAAGCAGUAUGAAGUCAAGGGUUUAUGGUAUGAGCACCGGUUGAUAGAUGACAUGGUAGCCCAAGCCCUGAAGUCUGAAGGAGGAUUUGUUUGGGCAUGUAAAAAUUAUGAUGGGGACGUUCAGUCUGAUUCAGUAGCUCAAGGUUAUGGUUCUCUGGGCAUGAUGACAAGUGUACUGAUGUGCCCUGAUGGAAAGACCAUUGAAGCUGAGGCUGCCCAUGGUACAGUCACACGACAUUAUCGACUUCAUCAGCAAGGAAAAGAAACAUCCACCAAUCCUAUAGCAUCUAUCUUUGCCUGGACUCGGGGAUUAGCUCACCGAGCGAAACUUGAUAAUAAUAGUGACUUAGCAAAAUUUGCUAACAGCCUUGAAAGUGUUUGUAUAGAAACCAUUGAGGCUGGUCACAUGACCAAAGACCUGGCUAUCUGCAUCAAAGGACUCAACAGUGUUACUCAAAGUGAUUAUCUGAACACCUUUAAGUUUUUAGACAAGUUAGCAGAAAAUUUGACCAAGAAGUUAGAGCACUGACUAGAAUAAAGCCUUACAAUGUGACUUCUAAACGGUGAAGUUGAACAUCAUUUGAAGUAAUCAGUAUUGACUUUGUUUACAAAGGAGUAUUUCUUUAAACUUCGAAGGAUUUGAAUGUAUACAUUCCUUUAAUCUCAACUAAAGCUUGAUUUAACCAAGUGUAAUAUUUAUAUAUAUAUAUAAUUAUCAGUGAUGGAAAUCUAAUUUCAAAUGUACAUUGUUCUAUCUAAUAAUAUUGCAAGCAAAAUAUUUUGGUUAUUUUAAAAAAUGGUGAAACAUUUAUGGUAAAAACGGGAGUCAUUACUUUAGUUCUUUUUUUAACAUGGGUAUUUACAUAAGAUUAAAUGUGAUAUUUUGAACAUUGCA